AGAUACUUGAAAUUUUUCAUUAGCCGAAAAAAUCCCCCGUUGAACACAAAAAUCAACGAUCAUCGCUAGAGGGAAGUCCGAGCACCGGCCCGUGUCCAACCAGUUUUGAGUGGCUAAAAGCCAAACAAAAAUCAGAUAAAUACACAUAGCCAGCAGACUAGCUCAAACAGUUGAAUUUCAGCAAUUCGGCGAACCAAGAUUAUCGACUGGAGUAAUAAACUUCGAAAAUUCAAUAUGAAAUUCGUGAUAUUCGUUUUUGUGACUCUCCUCGCUUUUUCAUCGGCUCAGUUUAUAGGUGGAUUGAUUCGAGACUUUGAGCGGUUUGAGGGUCAACAGCAACAACAGCAGCAGAGCGGCUUUGGAGGUGGCCAACAGCAGCAGCAGCAGGAAGAGGGAGUCAUCCUUAGAGGUCCUUUCGGCGGCGGUAUCGAGUUCUUCGAAGGACAGCAACAAGAGCAGCAAGGAGGUGGUGGUCAGCAGCAACAGCAGCAGCAGGAGAAUCUAUUCAAUUUCUUUGGCUAGGCCUUUUUUAAAAGGAUAACUAGCCAUAGACUGAUUACCAUCUCAGCACUCAAAUGGAAGCCAUUAUAUAAAGCCAUGAUCCAAAAGAUACAUAAUAGUGAUUAUAUUAAGAAGAAAAAUAUGAAUAAAAAAGGCUAAGAGCACAAAAAUAA